CAUGGCAUGGCGCACGAGCGUGCUGAUGCUGUGCAUCGCUCUCACUCACUGGUAGCUCGCAGCGGACGAGUGAUAAGUAUUCCCGGCCCUUGUCCGCUCCUGCUCGUCCGUCACUGAUGACUGAUGAUCUUUGUCCACCACCAGCCGCAGUCUUAUGCUGCCAGCUCUUCGCUUAAAUUCACCAGCGUUUCAAGAAUCCAAAGCUGGUGGUCACAGAUCAACAAGGUUUAACUAAAAUGGAGGCGGUGGUGGCGAGGAUUCGUCUCGUGCUGGUGCUUUGCGUGGCGGCGGCGGCGGCGGCGGCGCUGAUGGCUUCUCCGGGCGCCGCCGCCGGCGAGGGUGCGGCGGCGGCGGCAACGGCGCAGGAGCUGCGGCGAGGCUUCUCGGUGACCCACGACCAGUCCUACUCGCAGUUCCAGCCGGUGCUCGCCGACCCCACCGGCGCCUUCGCGCUCGGCUUCCUCCGCGUCAAGGCCACCAUGCUGGACCUCGCCGUCCUCCACCUCCCGUCGGCCUUCCCGCUCUGGCGCGCGAUCCCCGACCGCCCGGCGCCCUGGUCCGCGCCCGCCUCCCUCUCCUUCGACGGCGGCCUCGUCCUCACCGACCGCGCGGCCAGCAAGGUGCUCUGGUCCGCCGCCGCCGCCUCGCCCGGCGACCGCGCCGUCCUCCUCAACACGUCCAACCUCCAAAUCCAGAGCACCAGUGCUGGCGUGGUGUGGCAGAGCUUCGACCACCCGUCGGACACCAUCGUCCAGGGCCAGAACCUCACCACCGCGGCUGCGCUCUACACCCUCGACCGGCGCUUCGCGAUGCGGCUGGGGAGCAACUACUUCGCGCUCUACAUCGAGCCGCCGUCGCCGGGCGGCGUCGCCGCCGCCGCCAUGUACUUGAAGCACACGGCGCUGCAGGCCAAGGCCCAGAUCGUGGCCGGCGGCGGGCCGACCUACGCGCGUGUGGAGCCCGACGGCUUCCUCGCCAUGUACCAGAAGGAGGGCCCGCCCGCCGACGUGCUCUCGUUCGACACCUUCAACCGCGGCGUCCGCGCCCUCCGCCGCAUGACCCUGGAGCCCGACGGGAACCUCCGCGCCUACUACUGGGACGGCGCCCGGUGGGCCGCCGACUACACCUCCAUCACCGAGGCCUGCGAGCUCCCCACCACCUGCGGCGCCUACAGCGUCUGCGCGCAGCCCCGCGGCGGGUGCGAGUGCCUGCUGGGGAACGCGACCGACGGUUCGGGCUGCGCCGCCGCCGCCGCCCCGGGCAGCCUGUGCGGCACCCCUGGCGGGGAGGUCGGCGGGCUGUACCGGGCGGUGCGGCGGCGGGGCGUGGAGCCGGCGAACAAGGAGCUCCUGGGGUUCGAGCGCGCGGCGUCGGCGGCGGACUGCGAGGCGCGGUGCGAGCGCAAGUGCAGCUGCUGGGGCGCGGUGUACAGCAACGGCACCGGGUACUGCUACCUCCUCGACUACCCGGCGCAGCUGCUGGUGGAGGGCGACGAGCGCAAGCUGGGCUACUUCAAGGUCAGGAGCCUCGAGGAGGAGGCGGCCGGACGCGGCGGCGGCGGCGGCGCGGGCGGGGUCAAGGCUGCGCUGCUCGCCGUCGGCGUCGCGGCUGUGGUCGGCGCGGCUGCGUUCGGGGCGUACAGGGCGUGGGACAGGAGGCGGCGGGCCGCCGCGGACGCGAGGCGGCAGCUGGGCGCCGUCGACGACGGGCUCUCGCCGGGGCCGUAGAAGAACCUCGGGUCCUUCAGCUCCGUCGAGCUCACCAGCUCCUUCCGGAGGUAGCCAGGU